AUGAACAAGCUCAACAAGAAUCAGAAGCUCACCGUGCGGCGUUUCAUGGACGUCGCCGACACGAACGAUGAGGUGGGUGCAAUACAGGCGCUGAAGGACGCAUCGUGGAACAUGGAUGCCGCGUUCGAGUAUUACUUCUACUCAGCGCGCUCGAGGAGCUCCAAGAAGUCCACAACAAACGCAACUGGUAUCACUGCCAUGUUCGACUCGUACAAGGUGCAAGACAGUCAGGAAGAAGAACGAAUCGAGGCAGAGGGUAUCAUUAGAUUCCUGGAAAAUUUAGGUGUGGAUCCGAUGGAUCCAGUGACGCUCGUUUUAUCGAUGAAGAUGGAUGCGGAGACUAUGGGAAAAUAUACCAAGGAAGAGUUCAAUCGAGGGAUGAUGAUGAUGGAAUGCGACUCCAUGGAUAAAUUAAAGGAGAAAAUAGGUGCACUGAGGAAGGAGUUGACCAGACCAAGUAGCUUUAAGGAUGUGUACGAGUUUACGUUCGGGUUUGCAAAGGAACCAAAUGCGAAGGCUUUGGCUCUAGAGACGGCAGUCGGGUUGUGGAAAGUUUUGAUGACCGACAAAUGGUGCUUUACCGAUGAAUGGUGUGAUUUUCUCGAGAGAAGCCAUGGAAAGGCGAUUUCAAACGAUACCUGGUCGCAAGUUCUCCAAUUUAGCACGCAAGUGGGCGAAAAUUUACAGUCCUAUGAUCCCAACGACGCCUGGCCUUAUCUGAUAGAUGAGUUCGUAGAGGCCAAACUCGAGGAGAAAAAGUGA